UGCAUGACAUCGGCGGCUCGGCGAAAUGGGAGAUCCACAGUGGAUGCUUGCGACACAUCCUCACUUUUGCUUAAACCACGCAUCAACUUUGUCCCCAUGGAUUCUGUCGCUCCUUGAGGCCCCCUAAGCCAUCCGAAUACCAAUAGACAUCUGAUUGGCAUCUACUGAGAGCCAAUUGGUCCGCCUUCUCCGCCCGCCAUGGAGAACGAGGUCUUUACGCCGCUGUCCGACAUCACCGGCCAGAGCAGCGCACGCAAAGCUGUCAAGUUUGCGGCCGAUACGCCAGAGCCACGGGAGACAGUGCGAGCUCCCCGGAGACAGGUUCACGACCCCGACAAAGCGAAGAAGGUCGGACAGGUGCACUUCAAAGCGCAGCAUGGCAUCAUCAUCGCCUUCUUUACCUUUAUACUAAUUCUUCACGUCCUCGGUAUCUACCUUUUCACCAGCGGCUUCCUCCUUACGCGAUUGGUCCUCGACCACAAGUCAGAAUGCGCCCUGCCCCCAAUCGACUCUGCCAACGCGUACACAGCGGGCGAUGCUGAAAAGGGGUGCUGGCACCCCAAGACGUUCAACAAAGCCGUCGUCAUCAUCGUUGAUGCGCUACGAUACGACUUCACAGUCCCCUUUCCAGAGCAGUUCGAGCCCAUCGACCUCGCCGCCGCCGCCCAAAACCCGUCUCAAGCGCCCCCAGUCGCUCCGCGCCAUUUCCACAAUGCAUUCCCGGUACUUUACGAGACGGCAAAGAACCAGCCCCAGAAUGCCUUCCUCCUACCCUUUAUCGCCGACCCGCCGACGGCCACGAUGCAGAGGCUGAAAGGGCUCACAACGGGCACAUUGCCCACCUUCAUCGACGUGGGCAGCAACUUCGCUGGCCAGGAGAUUGAGGAAGACAAUCUGCUCGGACAAAUGAAGAACGCAAGCAAGCGGAUGGUUCAUCUUGGGGAUGACACAUGGCACGCUCUCUUCCCCAACUACUUUGAGCCAAACCUCACGCAUGCAUACGAUUCGUUCAAUGUUUGGGACCUACACACUGUUGACAAUGGCGUCACGGAACACAUCUUCCCACUUCUGAAGGCUGAGAAUGCCACCAAGUGGGAUGUGAUCUUCGGCCACUACCUGGGCGUGGACCAUGCGGGACACCGCUAUGGGCCCGAUCACCCUGCUAUGACUGCGAAGCUCAACCAGAUGGACGACGUUUUUCGCCGCAUGAUUGAGGAGAUUGACGACGACACACUGCUAAUUGUUAUGGGAGAUCACGGCAUGGAUGGAAAGGGCGACCAUGGAGGAGAGUCGGACGACGAGAUACAAGCGGCGCUAUGGAUGUACUCGAAGAAGGGUGUGUUUGGGCGCAGCGAUUCUGCUUAUACCACACCUCCUUCUAACGCAAAGACCCGACCAGUUGGGCAGAUCGAUCUUGUCCCUACUUUGUCGCUUCUCCUCGGCUUGCCGAUACCCUUCAACAACCUCGGAAAGCCCAUCGAAGAAGCAUUCAUUGGCAAGAACGGCGAUGAUUACAAGAACUUGGCGGCCGUCAACCGUCUAACAGCCGCGCAGAUACACAACUACCAGCAUGAAUAUGCCAAGGUUCGUGGUAUCGCAGACAGCGCCAGGGCUUCUUCCCUUUCGCUGUGGAAGAACGCAAAUGACGCGUGGAACCCGCUAGGAAAGUCCAAGACCAAUAGCGCCGAGAUGCGCCAGGCAUAUGAGGCUUUCGGUGCUUAUCAGCGCGACACGCUCCGUCUUUGUCGUGAUCUUUGGGCUCGGUUUGACAUUCCCAGGAUGGUCAGUGGUGUCGUGAUCUUGGCCGCAAGUCUGAUUGUAGUCGCUCUUUACGCCAGGAUCCUUCACGGGGACCGUGCAGACGUCACCCCCGUCUUCUUCACCCGAGGCGCCAUUGGCUUGGUCCUUGGAGGUAUCGUCGGUCUUCCUAUUACCAUCUUCAUGCCUGAAGACUCUAGAUCGCAUAUUCUUGUCCUCUCCUCUGCCCUUACCGGGAUCAUCGGCUGCGCCUCAACUUUCUACGCCCUGAGCUACCGUAUGAUGCCCCCAAUGCCAAACAAUAUCUGGGGCUGGACGAGCGCCAUCUUCACUCUCGCCCUCUCCGGGGGCUUUGCAGCAAACUCAUUUACUAUCUGGGAAGAUGAGAUCCUCCUACAUUUCCUAACUACAUUUGGAGUCCUUGCACUCAUCUCUUCUUUCCGCCAGAGGAGAAUCGCAGAUCGAACCCUUGGUGCUUACCACUCCAUCCUCUUCACCGUGUUGCUUAGAAUCGCCAGCUUCUCUCGCCUAUGCCGAGAAGAACAGAUGCCCUACUGCAAAUCCACAUACUACGGCUCUGCCCUAUCAACAACUUCCGCACCCUGGCAACUUGCCAUCCCCGCCACAGCUGCCAUCCUCAUCCCCACAUUCAUCAAGAGCUACUACGACGGCACGAAAUCCUAUCAGCACAACGCCACUCUCUGGAUCGGCCUCGCAUUGCGUUUCGGCUUGAUGCUGUCUGCCGCAUACUGGACUCUCGAUGCUGCUGACGACGGCGAGUGGGCGCCCGCUUGGUCAAACAUCAUCAGUAUCACGAAACGCUUCAUUGCACAGAUUGUGCUAGCAAUUGCUCUCGCGUUUGGCUACUCCAUCUACAAUUGGUCGAAACCUCUCCUGAACGUCAUCAUUGAUAAAGAUGGCAGCGGCGUCGAUGAAAACGGUCAACCCAAAGAAGCCGUCACCAUUCUUGGUUUCGCAAAUGUACACGGGAGUCGAUACGCACUGUUGAUCACCAUCUGGUAUCUCGCCAUCAGUGUGCUCCAAAAGCCAAUGGGCGCUGGCGCAAUCGGAAUACUGGUCUGGCAGCUAUUUUCGCUUUUCGAAAUCAUCGAUACUAACAACCUCCGUCAAUCGGCCAUCGGCCCUGUCGUUUUGGGUCUGUUGGGUUCCUUCCACUUUUUCAAAACAGGACACCAGGCUACCUUGUCUAGCAUCCAGUGGGAAUCCGCCUUCAUCCCCUUGGCCAAGAUCCGUUACCCUUGGACACCCAUCAUUGUUCUGCUGAAUACAUUCGGUGCCCAAAUCCUGUGCGCCAUUGCUGUCCCAGCGUGCGUGCUUUGGAAGGUCAAGCCGCAGAAGAAGGGCGUUUUGUCCGUCGUGACAAAAGCUGUGGCGACUCACAUUUUGUUUUAUGCGACGACGCAGCUUGCGACGACCAUGUGGGCGGGCCAUUUGAGAAGGCAUUUGAUGCUUUAUAGGAUCUUCUGCCCGAGGUUCAUGGUUGGGGCUGCGGUGCUGCUGACGGUGGAUGUUGUGUCUAUUGUUAUCGCGUUGUGGGGGACUAGGAUGAGUAUGUUGAGUACGGCUGAGGUUUUUGGUUUUGGUGGAUGAUUGGUUGGGAAGAAUAGUUGGGAGUGGUUGGAAGUUGGGUCAAGGAAGAAAGAGAGGUGGUGUGGGUGGUUGUAGAUUUUGCAUUGCAUAUAGCGUCUUCUUUUAUCUCCUUGUGUUGGACGUCAAGAAGCACGUCUAGAAUCAGAUUUUGUGGCUUCAUUCCCUGUGUUUUUCUAAACACUAUCUCUGGUUGUUGUUGUUGUUGUUCUUGUCUUGGUGCACAUCGUUUACAUCCAUGACCGGUACCUGCCGGGCUCAAACGGACCAGAUCAGUUGGGAUUGGCCUAGCUUUGCGUUGGUCUCUCUCUCACCUCUUACUUCCUGCUGUCCUAUCGGCAUCGUGUUGUUGCCUAGGUCCUCUCUUACGUCACACGUAGCGGUAUCGCAGCAGCGCAAGGUAAAGGUAAAGGCAGCCGGUUCCGGUCGCUCCUGCUAUAUCAAUGAUCUCUUCUCAGCUUGAUCCCCGUCUCUCUUCCACCACACUUCGAG